AAGAGAGGCUCCAAGGUCCGCUCUUCCCUCUUCUCCUGUUUCUAUUGCAUUUCCCAUUUUGCCUCCUUUCUCGCUUUCGAUCGAUCCCUGAUUCAUCUUGUGGAAGAAUGGAUUGAACAGGGGAAGUUAGGAGUAAUGUAAGUAGGUUAAUAUGACGGUGCAAACGGGCCAAUCGUACUCAUGGUGGUUUGCUAGCCAAGACAGGCGCCAAAAUUCAGCACAAUCUUCAUGGCUGUCAAUGACGCUUUCCGAAUUGGAAGAGAAAACCAGGCAGAUGCUGAACCUUGUAGAGGAAGAUGCUGACUCAUUUGCUAAGCGUGCCGAGAUGUACUAUAAGAAGAGGCCUCAGCUCGUGAACAUGAUCGAAGAUUUCUACCGAACUCAUCGCUCAUUGGCUGAGCAAUAUGAUCAACUGAAGUCCGGAUCUGGAGUACGCCGUUCAAUAUCAGUUGUUCCAUCCUACUUCAACCGAAGCUUGUCACAGAGUAUGAGCGGCAGUGAAACAGACGAGUUAACCAAAUCUUCAUCAGAUUCCUUUGAUUCAGAAGACUCAGAAAUUGAUGAUCCUGAAGAAGAAAUUGUGGCAGAGACAAAGUUAAGAGUGAUGCCAGAUGAAGAGAGCAAUGGCUAUUCGGUGAAACUGAAACAAGAACUGGAAAGACUUAAAGAGGAGAAUGCUAAACUAAAGGUUGAAAUAGCAGGGAAAAAUGAAGAGAAAAGGGAGGUCAUCAGACAGCUUGCUUUAUCUAUGGAUAUCCUGAAGGAGGAGAAUGUUACUUUGAGGAAAUGCAUCAAGGAUCACCAGGAGGAGAGAAAGGGUGGCUUCUUUGAGCUUAAGAAACUGACCAAGGGUAUGCUCUCUGGAAAGCUGUUUCAUGGGAAAUCAAAGAACCAAACUACAGUUGUAGCUUUGUAAGGAUUAUAUAGACUUGGAUUUUACCUCUGUACUUGUGGAAUUAAGUUUGCUAAGCUAAAUCAACAGAAUGUUUCAUCGAGCUAAUUUACCUAUAGGAAUUGUACUUAAUUUGACAUUGUAUUGGUGCCAUGAUAUAUAUUGAGUUAUAUCGUUUCAAGUA